AUGGAGCAAGUAGAAGGGAUUAUGAAAGAUAGUGUUGGUUAUUAUGAAGCUGAUAGAUUGGAUAGAGUUAAUAAUGAAAAUUAUAAAGACAAAUAUCAAGAAGAUCUGAAUAAUUUUAAAAAAAUUGAGAACAAUGAUAAUCUCAUAAAUCCUAUAAAUGCCCUAUCCAACCCUUUCAAGGAUUUCAAAAAAAAAUAAGUUAAACUUCAAAAAGAUGCCAGCUUCAAACACUUCCCCGAGAUCAAAGGCCACGUUCAAAGGGGUUUCGACAAACACAAACACCCCUACAGGGUAUAGGAAUAGGCUAAAGCACAAGCUGAAAUCCAGCAAGAAGUACGAGACUGAAGAGGAAACUGCAAAUAUAAAAUAAUAAUCCCAAAGGAGUUCACAAGAUAAGGUCCACUAACCAUUCCUCAAAGCGAUUUGGCGAUUUCAUAAACCUUAAGUCCAACCAAGAGUCGAAACUUCAAAAUGAGAUAGGAGCAUCAGAGAGCAAGAAGGCCCAACUUUUGUACUACAGAACAUCUCCUGACUGCGAGCAGUCUAGAGAGGAUGAACCCAAAAGUAGCGAAAAAUCAUAUGAUAAGGAACCUCAUAAACUGUCUAAAGGGUCAUUCUCAGUUGUGAAUGACGACUAUGUGUCUGAAUCAAGAUUGUUUGAUUAUACGAGUCUUAAGCAGUCUCCAAAUUUCAGGAUAAUCCCCAUGAACAAUGCUGUCUACAAGGGAGAGGUCUUCCUCCAAGACCUUGGAGGAGGACACUCCCAAGAGAUCAGGCAUGGCUUUGGAGUGAUGAUUUACAAAAACGGGAGACUUUACGAAGGACAGUGGAUCAGCAACAAAAGGAACGGCAAAGGAUAUGAACGGUACAAAUAACAACAAUAUUUAUGAAGGUGACUUCAAAGAUGGGAAAGCUCAUGGUGGUGGAGUUUUCAAGUGGCAAACUGGUGAAACAUAUGACGGCCAAUGGCACCUUGGCCUUAAGCAAGGCCAAGGUGUCUGGCGUGGCCUUCAUGGAGAGUAUUACAUUGGAGAAUGGAAAGAUAGUAGAACUCAUGGCAAGGGUAUCUAUGUCUGGAGUAACCGCGAUAAGUACGAAGGCGAGUGGAGGAAUGGCCUCAAGCAUGGCCAAGGUAGCGACAUUUUCAAAAACGGAGAUGUAUAUAUUGGACAGUAUGAAUCAGGCAAACCGCAUGGAGAAGGCCAAUACACCUGGAAAAAUGGGUCUGUAUAUAUAGGCCAGUUUUCGAACGGCAUGAAGCAUGGAGAAGGAAAAUGGAUCAAAGAUAGAAAGGCUAACAGUAAUACUUAUGUUGGCAAGUACUAUCUUGAUAAAAAGCAAGGUUAUGGAGAGUUCAGAUGGGCUAGUGGAAAUGUCUAUCAAGGUAACUACAAAAAUGAUCUCAGGAAUGGCUAUGGAGAAAUGGUCUGGACUGACGGAAGUGCUUAUAAAGGGAAUUGGGUCAACGGUAUUCAGCAUGGCUACGGUAAAAUGGAGCUAAUCGAUGGAACAGUUAAUGAAGGCAUUUUCAGUCAUAACAUAUUUCAAGGAGAAAACGCUAAUUCUAAUGAGAUUAAUCAGGAAAAUCAGGAAGAUGAAUGAGAAAGGCCUAGGAAGAUAUUUACUCUAGAGAACUCCCUUAUUGAAGAAGAAAACAUUAGACAAUGUGAUGAAGAAUAUGAAGAAGAUGAAACUACACCUUUACCUUAUAAACACCUAAAAUCUCCUAAGAUCAAUCCUAAAAUGCAAGAAGGAGAAUUUGAGAGUAUUGGUCAAGAAAUACCUGAACCUGAAGAAGAAGCUCACAUUAUUGCCCCUAUUGAUAGAGAAGCUGAUAACACAUAUAAUAAAAAUCCAGGAAUUAGAGAUCAAGGGCAUCAACACAAUGAUAAUCAAAUGAAAGAUCCCAGUCUACCUCGAAGUAAUAAAAAUAUAGGGACUAGGAAUAUGAACCCUCUCGAAUACGAGGUGCCUAAAGAAAUGGCUGAUUUUGGAGCUCAAUUUUCCUCAACUCCUAUCCCCCAAAGACAAAUCAAAGAGGUGACCAUCCAGGCUGAUCUUGAUAAUAGUCCUACCAUGCUCCAGGCUGAUCUUGUAAGAAACCAAGGGGAUCUCCUAUGUACCAAUCUGAAUGUCCAAAACCUUAAAUAAAUCUCAGGCGAAGCUAAAAGGCAAAGCCAAGCGUGGAAAGAUUAAGAAGGAUAAAAUCGCCUUAGAUCCUGAUCAAAAGCUAAAACUUCUCAGCACUUCAGGGAUCAGACAUUUGAGCCCAGCUGGUAAUAUUUCAGUCCCCAAGGCAAAGAAUCAGAAGAAGGGAUCUCAGUCAAACAUUUUCUCUACUAGAACAAAGACUAUCUCGUGUGCUACUGGUACUAAUCACGGUGCUAGCAAUAGACAAUCUCGAAUGAGGAACUUGUCUAAGGCAAGGUUUAACAGCCCUGAAAGGUCGGGUGAGGAGAAUAAUAUGACGUACUUCCCACAGUUGAACAAUAAAAUAAAUUUACACCCAAAUUUUGAUAUGCCCAAAGCCUUUAAAAAGCACAGGAAAAAUAGGAAUAAAGCUAUAAGAGACAGUCUCAGCAAUUUUGCUCACAAAAGUGUGAUGGACAACCACCAUUCCCAAGGUAGUUUAGGAUACAUUUUCAUGAAAUGAGAUUGAUUUAGGCUCCAACCUUCAAUUUUAUCAGGAACAAAAUCAUAGAAGAGAUUUCUCAGAUGAUAAGAAACGGGCUGGUGAUAUCAGAAAUAUCCUGAAAUACCUUAAAAAGCGGAAACCUGAACGUCCAAAACACAUAUGGGUACCUAGUGGCCCUAUGAAGUAUA